CGCAGCCAAAACAGUCUCAAUCUAACCUCAACUAGGUUUUAUUUCAACCAACAAUUUGAAUUUUGUGGACUUUUGCAUAAUGUUGCAACUAAGAUGGAGCCUGCUAAGGCCGCUCCAAGGCGGCUACCGCAACACUCGGAGACACUUCGCACACAAGAACCUGCUGGACCUGACGGAUCGAGGUUUCUUUCAAGGCAUUUUCCCCGACACGGCUGCGCCCAAGAUGAAGCAGCUAUUCACAAGUGGGCAGCAGAGCAUAUAUGCCGGCUUCGAUCCUACCGCCGAUAGCCUGCACGUGGGAAAUCUCCUGGUUAUCAUGGGCCUGCUACACUGCCAGCGAGCCGGUCACAGGCCCAUUGCUCUAGUGGGCGGAGCCACGGGUCUUAUCGGGGAUCCAAGUGGACGCAAAACGGAACGCAAUCAACUGGGAGAGUCUGUGAUAGAGACCAAUCUGAGGGCAAUCGAGCAGCAGCUGACGAGAGUGUUUGAGAACCAUGAAAAGUGCCUCUGGGACACCCGUAAAAACAGCGGGCCCCUGCAGCGAUUAACGAUCGUCAACAAUGCCGAGUGGUACGCUAAUUUGCACCUGGUAGACUUCAUUGCCAAUAUGGGCCGACACUUUCGCAUGGGCUCUAUGCUGUCGAGGUCGUCGGUGCAAUCGCGCCUAGAGUCGGAGGAUGGCAUGAGCUUCACGGAGUUCACCUAUCAGAUAUUCCAGGCCUAUGACUGGCUGCACCUGCUGCGCAAGCACAACUGCCGUUUCCAAAUGGGCGGCUCCGACCAGACGGGCAACCUGAUGACCGGCCACGAGCUGAUCAGCCGUGUGGAGCGUAAAUGCGAGGUGUUUGGCAUGACGCUGCCCUUGGUGACCAACGAGGAGGGGGACAAGUUCGGAAAGUCGGCGGGCAAUGCUGUGUGGCUGGACGAGAGCAAGACAUCGCCCUUUGCCCUGUAUCAGUUCUUCCUGCGCAUGCCAGACUCCGAAGCAGAGAAGCUACUCAAACUGUUCACCUUCAUUCCCCUGCCCGAAAUAGAGCAGCUGAUGCGGGAGCACGAAAAGGAGCCGGAGAAGCGAAAGGCCCAGACGCUUCUGGCGGAGGAUGUGACGUUGCUUGUGCAUGGCGAAGAUGGACUAAAGCAGGCGGAACGAGUCACCAAUGCAUUGUACAAAGGGAAGGUAGAUGGCUUGGCCGAACUGAAUUAUGCUGAGAUAAAGCAGACUUUCCAGGGCGCCGCUGUAGUGGAUCUGCUGACAGAGCCGGGCAUGUCCAUACUGCAGCUGGCCAUGAAGGCCAAGUGUUUCCCCACAGAGACCGAUGCCGUUCGUAUUAUUAACGCUGGCGGCUUCUAUGUCAACCAGAAGCGAGUGCAGAACAUUGCCGAAGUGAUAACUGCUGGCAUACACAUACUCCGGAAUGGUGUUUCCCUGUUGCGUGUAGGAAAGCGAAACUUCUACAUCGUGCGCUGGCAAUAGUUUUGUGUUAAAUAAUCAUAAGUUUAUCUAUA